AUGACACUCCUUGGAUUUUUAUUAUCACCGGAUAGUGGUGAAAAAUUAACUUUGCGUGAGUUAGAAUAUGAUGAUAAAAACUUUGCUCUUAUACAUUCUAAAUUUUCAGAAAUUACAACUCUUCUAAGUGCUGUUAUGUUCAGUUUACUUCUAUCGGAUAUUCUGCCACCAAGUUCAACUGCUGUACCGAUUAUUACCGUUUAUUUCAUGUGUGUUAUGAUCAUGUCAGCAGUUUCAGUUGUUGCAUCAGUAUUAAUAUUAUCACUUCAUAAUCGAAAAUCUAGUAAUUAUUCAAUGCCAUCAUGGGUUCGUAAAUAUAUUUGUAACUAUUUGGCGUGGUUAUUAUGUAUGAAGCGUCCUAAUCAUGAUUUGAGUUGGCGUUCGAUUCGCCGUCGAUGGGCUUGUUCAAAACAAGAAUCGAAUAAUACAAAUGAAUCGAUGGAUAAUCAUCAUUCUAAGAUUCCUUCUGAAUCAUUAUUGAAUAACACAUUCGACUUAUUAUCAACCAAUGUUACAAAUAUCGACAAGACACCUUUAGGAUUUGCUGUACCAUUAGCAACAGAAAUUCAUGAUUCUGCUCAUCAUCAAAAUACAUCUAAUGAAUUGUAUAGAUGCGAUAUGAAAAUGACACGUUCUGAGCUACGUGUUAUUAUAUCUCAACUUGCUAUUCUUAUUAAUUAUUCUCGACAAAAAGAGAAAGAUGAUACUGAUUCUCAAGACUGGCAAUUUGUGGCAAUGGUUAUUGAUCGUCUUUGUUUAGUGUUUUUUACUAUAACCAUGCUUCUUUUUACUGUACUCAUUUUUCUCAACGUUUAA